AUGCUACGCCCACUCUUUAUCCAAUGGCAGCGAAAGUGGACUUGAAAAUAGUCAUACUCGGUAAAGAGUAUGGCGGAAAGACUAGCCUUGUAGAGCGUUAUCUGCAUGACAAGUUUGGAGAUGUUCCCUACCAAGCUACUAUUGGAGCUGCUUUUGGCGCUAAGACGGUAACACUGGAGGACGGUCAUCGCUUGACGUUGGGUAUUUGGGAUACUGCAGGCGCAGAACGAUACGAAGCAAUGAGUAAACUAUACUAUCGUGGAGCUAAAGCGGCUGUAGUUUGUUUCGACUUGACGGAUAUUUCGCACUUUGAGCGAGCACAGUUUUGGGUCAAUGAACUAAAAACGCACGAAGAGAACUGCAGAGUCUAUUUGUGUGGUACGAAGUAUGACUUGGUAAAAGAAAAUAAGAAGCUCAGAAAAAUCGAUUCAGUACACGUUGAAAAAUUUGCAGAAGACAUUCCAGCAUCAGUUCAUGAGACAUCUGCUAAAACAGGAUAUAAUGUUGGAGAGAUGUUUCAGCAAAUAGCUGAAGACUUCGGAAAAUCCGAAGGCCUUGUAACGGCCAAUAGCAACAACAUUUCACAGCAUCAAGAUGGUGACACCCAGGGUCAAGUUGACUUGGCAGCACCCCCGGUAAAACAACAUUGCUGCCCAACAUUGUGAUUACUUCAUUUUUUCUUGAUUGUGCAUAUUCAUCUGAACGUAACUAAACAGAAUUUGGUAUGAUUGUGAACUGUAGAGACUAAUUAAGAUUAUAUGUGCAGUAGAUCCUGAUAGUUUCUGUAAUAUUUUUAUACUGUAGAGAAAAUGGUUGGUCUAGUGAAUAACGGUCAUUGCACCAUUUUGCA